AUAUGGCUGGAACAGAGAAUUGUUAUCAUAGGAUUCUGAGAUGAAAAGAAGUGUUGUCUUGUAGCCCAAUCCUGUCCAAAAUACUAUAACUCAACAUAAACUAAACUGUUACACUUCAGUUUUAACAUGUUCAAUUCUCAAAAGCUUGACGAUAAUUUAACCUCUACUACUAAACAUCAAGUAAACAUUUAUUCCUAUCCCCGUUUUGAUGAUCCACUCUACCAUAUUAUUCACACUCCUCCACUGCAAACAUGCUUGCAAGAAAUCGCAAAGCUCGACGAAAUCACCAACGGAAUCCAAAAACCCGACAAGACAAAUCAAGAUCAUCAGUUUUCCUCAACAUCACUUCAACUUCUGAAAAAUUAUAGCCAAGGGAUUAAAAGACUGAGCCUGGAGAGAAUCAUCAAGCCAAGUAUUGAUGAUAUAGAAGCUCCGAGUGCUGAGGAAUUAUCAACUGAAAGAAUUGUGAGGAUAGCUGGAGAGAGAUUUAUUCAAUGCAUCACUACAACAGUGGAUGUCGUUUCGAUGCUUAAUAAUCCUUUUCAUCUUUCUCUCUCGAACCUUUCUGACGAUGACGCGAAAAAGGUGGAACUUGCUGAACUAUUGCUCUUUUCUGCUGAGAAAGUAGGCAAUCAGCACUAUGAACGUGCAAGAAUUUUGCUCAAUCAAUGUGAUCUUUUUUCUUCCAGCGAUGGAACUUCGGUUGAACGCGUAGUUCAUUAUUUUUGUAACGCUCUACGUGAUAGGAUCGAUCGCGAAACAGGAAAGUGUUUCACAAACCGACUGCCGUUGUUCAAUAUUGAAGAAGCAAUUAUGGCUCCAACCUCAAAUAACCUCGCAAUCUACCAAGAAGUUCCUUUCUCUAAGGUUGCACAUUUUGGUGGAAUCCAAGCCAUUGUAGAAAAUGUGAGGGAUUCAAAGAGGAUUCAUGUGAUUGAUCUUGGAAUCAGAAUAGGUGUGCAAUGGACAGGCCUGAUGCAAUCCUUGGCGUCAGAAUUCGACUCUGAUCUCGAGCUUUUAAAGAUUACGGCAGUUGGUACUACUUGGAAACAAUUGAUUGAAGAAACUGGUGAGAGAUUAAAAAGUUUUGCUCACUCCAUUAAUUUACCAUUUUCUUUUAACAUAGUAAUGGUAUCAGACAUGUUGAAUCUCAAAGAAGAUCAAUUCGAGAUUGAUUCUGAUGAAACAGUAGUUGUCUACUGUGAAUAUAUUUUACGGAGCCUCAUUCCAUUGCCCGAUAGACUAGAUUCUAUGAUGAAAGUCAUCAGAAUCCUGAAUCCAAGUAUAAUGGUGGUCGUUGAACCCGAGUAUAAUUCAAACUCACCGUGUUUCCUAAACCGUUUUGUCGAAGCUCUUUUCUAUUUCAGUGCGUAUUUCGAUUGUCUAGAAUCCUGUAUGGGCGAUGAUCCGAAUAGGACGAUUAUCGAAUCUUUGCACUUCGGCGAGGGAAUCAGAAAUAUCGUAGCCACCGAAGGGGAAGAGAGGAAAAUCCGAAAUGCGAAGCUUGAUGUGUGGAGGGCAUUCUUUGGGCGUUUUGGGAUGAUGGAGACUCAACUCAGUACAUCAUCUUUAUGCCAAGCUAAGCUAAUUGCUAAAAAGUUCGCCUGUGGAAAUGCUUGUACACUUGAUUUAGAUGGUAAGAGUCUGCUAAUUGGAUGGAAAGGUACAGCAAUGCAUUCUCUUUCUGCUUGGAAAUUCAUGUAACCACAAUUACUAUGUAUCCACACUAUUGUUUCCUUCUAUAUUUUAAUUUUAUAUG